AUGGUUUCUGCAAGAGUUGAUUUCAACCUCUCUUCUCUUUCCAUUUAUCGUUUUAUUUUCUGUGUGGGAAGGUGUAAACACAUGGAGAGAGCGUUGCAGUGGAUUGUGGUUGUAGCAGCAUGUGCUUCAUUAUCAACCAUUAUUCAUGCCGCGGGAAUCGAUGAACCUUCUCAAAGAAAGCUUGCCAACGUUGAUUAUGCAGAUGUGAUAAGGAUUGAUUGUGGGGUAAAAGAAGGAUACACUGACAAGACCCGCAUGCAGUACGAAGAUGAUGAUAUCCAAUACGGUGAAAUUCACACCAUAUCUUCCAAUGACACCCUUCAGAAUCAACCUCAAAUUCAAAAGCAGCUUAUCUCAUUAAGAAGUUUCCCAGAAGGGAAGAGAAAUUGCUACACCUUGAAACCCAGAGAGGGAAAGAACAAGAGAUACAUUGUGAGAAGUUACUUUGCAUAUGGGAACUACGACAACAAAAGUAAACCUCCAACUUUUGAUUUGUACAUUGAUGUCACUAGGUUCACCUUCAUACAUUUCACUGUGGCUAAUACCACUCGUCGAGUUGAGGCUAUUUAUUUCAGCUUAACGGACACCAUUGAUUUGUGUCUGGUGAACGUGGAGCAAGGAAUACCUUUCAUUUCGCUGUUGGAAUUGUGGCCUCUGGGAAGUGCUAAUGUUUACCAAGAUUUGUUGAAUUUGCAGACUCAAGAUCUCCUCACUAGAGUCACACUCGGUGUCUCUUCUGCAAAGGACCAAUUGCUCAGGUCACUUGGCUUUAAAUUACACAUUUAG